UCUAAGUCAAUCGUAUCAGAUUGCAGUUGGAACAUCCUAAAUGGCCCAAUCGACACCAUCAAGAUCGUUGCUCAUGAUGUUGAAACCAGCGAGUUCUAAACGUGAAUAUUACUUUUUGUUACCUUGAUAGGCAGUCAGUACAAGACAAUGAAGCACAAGGUCGAGGCCCUGGACAAGGAGAACUUCACCUACAGCUACUCGAUCAUUGAGGGCGACGCACUGGGCACCACCUUCGAGAAGAUCAGCUACGGGGUGAAGAUCACCACAUCGGCCGAGGGAGGCUCGGUGUGCAAGAGCACGAGCAAGUACUUCACCAUUGGCGAGGCGGACAUAACUGAGGAGAAGAUCAAGGCUGGGAAAGAGAAGGCGUCCGCGAUGUUCAAGGCCAUCGAGGCUUAUCUCUUGGCAAACCCUGACGCCUAUUGAGCCGAUCUCAUCGCUAUCUUGUCUUGUUCACGGUACUGUAUUAAAUAUGUCUGGUUGUGGUAAACUGAAAAG